AUGGCAAAUGUUAAAACUACACCACAAGAUAUGCCACCAGCAGGUGGUUAUUCUUCAAUAACUUACGAACGUAUAUUUCUUAAAAAAUUUUUUAAACGCUCUGUAGCAUUAGCUUUUUUUGUUUGGGGAGUUGGCUGUGUAGGAUAUUAUUACAGUUAUAGAUUUAAGUUUCGUACUCUUGCUGAAAUUAAUGGUGCUAGGAAUGUGUUAUUUGCAACGUUAGUAGCUGAAAGAGACAGAGCAUACUUAAAACAGAUAAGAAAAAAUCGAGAUUUUGAAAGAGAAGUAAUGAAAAAUGUACCAAAUUGGGUAGUUGGUACUUAUUAUGGAGAGCCAAUUUAUAAAACAUUAGUUGAUAAAUAUCGUAGAGAGGAUUGUAAAGAAGUUUUUUCCUUCACAGAUUUGUAUUCUUAUCUCUAUCUUAAUCAUCGCUAUACUAUAUAUGGAGGAACACCAUGGAGAUUCUAA